CUAGCUAGCACUAUACAGCUCUGUAAGGGAAAAUGGGGUCCAGGUUGUUUAGGGAAAAUAAGCCAACAUAUCAUAGAACCAUGGAAUCAUUAAGGUUGCAGAAGACCUCUGAGAUCUCCUAGUCCAACUGUCAACCCAUCAGCACCAUGUCCAGGCAGGAGUCAGCAAAGCCAUGGAGUGCCACGUGUGUGACGUUCAGCUCCCCGAAGUGUUGGUGAGAGGUGCUUUCAGUUAAAAUUAGCAGGAGCAGCCAUGCUUUUUCCUUUUCCUGGUGCUUUUCCUGGAGCAGCCCAGUGCAGGCACGUUAACCUUAAUAUAUGAAUGUGUGUGGGUGCCUGAGAACAGCGUCCCAUUAAGUAAAGCGGUAACUUCUUUCUGGGGAGAUGCUGAGAAUGCUUUCUUUGGUCUGCCAGCCAGGCCAAACCAGGCUUGUUAGCAGCUUGUGACAGCUCUACUUUGCUUUGUAGGUAUUUUAAGUGGUGAGAGUAGCAGAGCUAGAGGGAGAUGUGAUAAGGACUGUGCUUCUUUUUCUUUUUUGGGGAGAGAGAAGGGGAGGAGAUGGGCCUAAAUGCAUACCUUCCAAUUGCAGUUACUUCAUUACUGAAUUAUCACCGGAGCAGCCCUGCAGUCUGUUCUGAUAGCAGAUAAGUGGUGUGGCUUGCAGCACUUCAAUCUAAACAAAACUUAAGUGCUCUUUCCUUUUUCCCUGGAGUGAAACUGUAAUUUAAUUACGUGAAUGUUAGCCAGGGCAAAGUUUUAUUCAGCUGUAGUGAUGCUUCCCUGAGCUGUGUGUGUGCUAAAGGUGUGUCUGCAGUGGUAUGUAGCAAAGGUACCUUAAAAUACUCUGUUCCUUGUCUGGCAGCUUCAGGUGAGGUUUCUCCUCAGGCUUUGCCAGGUGAAGAUACAUAGCACUCAUGUUAUCUGUCCCAAAAGGUUUAGGUAGAAACUAAAUGCUAACUGGUUUAUAUUUGCUGUCCGUAGAGAUGCAUUAAUGAGCUUCUGUCUGCAUUAGGUCCUGAACAGCCGAAUUGAACAGCUGGAGCCAGCCUCUGCUGCCAUAGAACAGGAGCCCUGCGGUGUGAGUGGGCCUGGGGAACAGUCUGUACCUGAACCACAUUUGUGGUGCAUUUGUGCACCAUUUGAACCCUGGUAAAAUACCUUCUUGGAACUGACGAUUCAGAAAAAUGGUGGUUCUGAAAUUUACUGCUUACGGCCAUGAGACACCACGGAAAUGCCUGGAUCUUGGAUAACAUAGGGCUGUUGUGGUCCACAGCAGCAAUUAGCUGUCGUGAUGUUUGGCGCUGGUGGCUAAUUGCAAAUGUGAUUCUCGUGAGUGUGCAAGGAACCUACAGAACUGUAAUGUCUAACACUACAUGGAAUAACAACUGUUUGAAGUUUCUAGGUGGGAGAGACACUGUGAAGCUCUGUGCAGGGCGAGGAGAGCUGAGGAGGGAGCCUUGCAUGUGAAGCAGGAUGGACUGGCUGUGACGGUGUGCCUUAGCUGGAGGGGGAGUUACGAUGAAGAGUUCCUGCAGAGCUGGACUCCACAGGGAACCACUGAAUUCUGCAUCUUCUACCUUCCAUCAAGUCAAACGGGUUUCUGGUAUGCACUUAAAGCCAUAUCUCAAGUUACAGAGGAAAGAGCGAUCUCCGGAAGUAAGCCAGGACUCUCUGAGAGGCCCACCUAUGAGCCAGAGGUCAACACAAGACAAAUACGCCAACAACUGCACCAAACUGAGCGUUUUCCCAACACCCCCCCUCGUGACUCCAUCUCGAAAGCUCCUGGGAAUUAUUUAUCCAAAUACUAUGUGCAAUAUGAAUGGGAAAGGUCCGGCAGAUGGUCUGAGUGCCAGGGAGAAGAAGAACGUCCUGUCGGCCACGAUCCAUCAGGGAGAAGAAGGGGAAGGGCCUCUGGAUGUGUGGGCUGUGGUGAAGCCUGGCAAUACGAAGGAGAAGAUCGCUUUCUUUGCAGCCCAGCAGUGCAGCGGCAACAACCGGCUGGGCUCCAUGAAGCUCAAAAGCACGUGGGACAUCGAUGGGAGAACAGUGAAACGACGGAAAAAAACGGUAGAUCUGAAAAAAGCCAAGAUCCAGUUGGAAAGAAUGAGGGAGGCGAACGCUAGGUGCUCCCAGCCGGAGCCUUUCGUGUGCGGCAUCGAGCACUGCUCCGUGCAUUACGUCAAUGACAGUGGUGAGGGGGUGUUCCCGGGCCGGUCCCUCUCCGUGAUAGAGAUGGUUGCGUUUCUGGAGCAGCGAGCAAGUGCUUUACUGGUAGACUGUGCUAAAACUUGCACGUCCGCCUCCACCGCGAGGCUGAGCGCUCCGUCUAAAGGUGCUCUUCCCAGCUCUGACCCUUUCUCCGCUGCCGGGCCGUGUGAGGUGCAUGAAAGGGGAACCUGUGGCAGCAGUGAGCAGCAGCAGAGUGAGCCGGUGCGCGUCCUGGACAUGGUGGCCAAGCUGGAGUCGGAGUGCCUGCGGCGGCAGAGCGAGCGGGAUGGAGGCAGCCUCUCACGCAACAACAGCUUCCGCAGGAACGUGGGGCGGGUGCUUCUGGCCAGCAGCACGCAGCCUGGUGCUGAGCCUGGCAGAGCCUCUGCGGGCAGCGUGGGCCGGGGUGAGGAGCUGGGGGCAGCGGGGGCUGGCUGCGGAGCGAGGUGUGGGGAUGCCGGGCUGUGGGAUGGCGCUGCCUCUGCUCCGCAGCCGUUCCCUCCAGGGUUGGAGGCUCACGUGGGGAACGCCGGUUCAGGACUUGCUCACGCUGUGUUGGCCAUUGCGGCUGGAAGGGGUGAUGCUGAAAGGCGGGUUGAGCCUCCCAGAGCUCUGCCAGCCCUGUGUCCGGCUGUAGCUGGGGUGCCAGUGGAUUCCUUGCCGAGCAAGAGCGCGACUGCUGAUUGUACAUCGAAAGAAGCUGUGAUCCUCUCAAAGCAGAGCCUGCAUCCUGCUAGGAAGGAGCCCUUGUGCAUCAGUAUAUCGGUCACCAAGACCGAGAAGGGGUGCAGGAAGGAGAAGCUCCCUCCCUCCAGUUCGAGUGAAGACCCCCUCCCGGGGAGGUUGUUUUUUCUCCAGGCUGAGCAGAAUGCCACCCACGCACCACAGCCACUGCGGGAAUGUACCCAAGAGAAGCCAGGAGAAGGAGUGCAGAACGAGGAUGAGGAUGCUUUGGAAUCUGACAAAUCGUGUGUCAGGACCAACGUCUCUCCGGAGCCAUCAGCCCUUUCCGUUCCCCCUCCAGAAGGUGCUUUGCAAGCACUUGAUGCUUCCUGCUUGAAACGGCAGGUCUCGCAUGACUUUUUGGAGACCAGGUUUAAAAUCCAGCAGCUUCUGGAGCCUCAGCAGUAUAUGGCUUUCCUGCCUCACCACAUCAUAGUGAAGAUCUUCGGCUUGCUGCCUACGAGGAGCCUGGUGGCCCUAAAAUGUACUUGCUACUACUUCAAGUUCAUCAUUGAGUACUACAACAUCAGGCCGGCAGACUCACGUUGGGUCCGUGACCCCCGCUACCGAGAAGAUCCCUGCAAGCAGUGCAAGAAGAAGUACGUGAAGGGGGACGUGUCGCUGUGCCGCUGGCACCCCAAACCUUACUGCCAAGCUUUACCCUACGGGCCUGGGUACUGGAUGUGCUGUCACAGGUCCCAGAAGGGCAUCCCGGGCUGUAAGUUGGGUCUCCAUGACAAUCACUGGGUUCCUGCCUGCCACAGCUUUAACCGUGCUCUCCAUAAGAAGACCAGAGGAGCGGGAGCCGAAGGAGAAGAGGAAUAUUAGUGCACAUACACUUUCCUGUGAGAUGGUUUGGGGUAGGAGGAGAUUCUCAUGCCUUGUGCUGUUUACAGUGUAUAUAAAUGUCGUGUUUUUCACAGGGCUAUGAAACUGCACAUACUUCAACACAAGAGCCUUUACCUUUUAGAUUAAAGAGAGCUUUUAGUCCAUCUAUGUAAAUAACACUAUAAAAACUAAUUGUACAUACAGAGUCUACAGCUGGCUGAACAACGUAAUCACUACAAUGCAGCUACGAUAGUGUUGCGGCUAUAGUUGUGUGUGUUUUUAAGUGUCUUGUUUCCAAAUCUGUAUAUCCUGUAUAAUAUAUGAACGUUUCUGAGAAGAAACUCUAAAUAGGUAAAGGCCAACCUGGUUAAAGAAUCUUCAAACAACUUAACUGGACAACCUUAAAACUAGACUAGAGCAGAACAUGACAGUAGUGUUGGCAGUGGAGAAAAAAAGAGAGGAAUAUUAUUGUAUAGUCAGAAUAUAAAAAAAAGUUCUUGCCUACCUUAUCCAUGUUGUCUGGUUGGUUUUUUUUUUUGGUUUGGUUUUUUUUUUUUACUUAAAUAAAAUGUGCAUUCUA